AUGAACAACAGUGUGAGCGUUAAGUAUGCGGAAUGCGCCUCGUGCAGGCGGGCCAUCGGCGACCUCCGUUACAAGUGCCUCGCGUGCCCCGACUGCGACCUGUGUCCCGCCUGCGAGGAGAGGAGGGUCCACUCCCAUCACCCAGUGCUUAGAUGGUCUGCGAGGAACGGCGAGAAGAAUGGGCUUUCUUCGGCCGAUCCCGAACCCGCGAGAUCGCUCUGCUCGCUGUGCAACGGCUCCAUCGCCGGCUUUCGUUACCUGUGCGCGAACUGCCAGGCGAGUGCGUGCGGGCCGUGCAACGAGAACGACGCCGUGCACGCUGAGCAUCCCGUCAUCCGAUUUUCGUCUUUCGUCUCGCAAGCCGCGACUCCGUGGAAGUGUGGCGUCUGCGAGAGCGAGCAGGACCAAGGAGCACGAUACAAAUGCCUGGCGUGCCCGGACUUCGACCUCUGCUCUUCGUGCGCUGCCGGACAGAAUCACAUCCAUCAUCCGAUGCUUCGCCUCCAAUUCACUCACAGCGAUGCAGCCUCGCCGCCAGAGCCCCGACCUCCAAUCCUCCGAGCCCAGUCGCUUUCGUGCCUCCGAGCCCAGUCGUCUCCGUCCCCGCCGCCGGUGCCGCCGAUGCGUUCCUCGUCCAGAGGGCUCGAGCCCCAGGCGACGACUGAUUCAGAGAGACUCGAAGGGGAUGACGGAAACCUGUGUAAGGUGUGCCUGGUGAAGGAGCAGGACUGCGUGUUCCUCGACUGCCGCCACAUGGUCGCCUGCCUCCCUUGCGCGGAGAGGGUUCGGAAUUGUCCCAUCUGCCGGAAGGUCAUCGCUCAGCGGAUCAAAAUCUUCAAGGCGUGACUGUCUGAUUAAGUUGCCGGC